UUUUUUUUUCCCUCCUUCUUUAACCCCCAGCAACUGCUGCAAUGGCAUUGUUUCUUCUCGGCUCCAAAACAGUGCGUCUAGCAAAUUCACGGUUACGUUUUUUUUCAUCAAGCUGUCUAAAAAUGAAGAAAGGUUUAAUUCUUGGAGUUUAUGAAGGAGAAAACAAGGAUGACGUAGUUUUGACUCCAACAGCUGCCAAAUACAACGAGCUUGUUAAUGGAAAAUUACUGGCAAACAUUGCCUUAGCUGGACCAAAAAUUAAAAAAUCAAAAACAAGAAUAUUCUGGGGUAUAGAAGGAAGUCAGCAUACUUGUGUUGCUGUUGUUGGUCUUGGAAAACAAAAUGUUGGUGUUGAUCCACUCGAAGAAAUUGAUGAAGGAAGAGAAAAUAUUCGUGCAGCAGUAGCAGCUGCUUGUAGUGCACUUGAAAAUGUUGAUAUUAGAAAUAUUGAUAUUGAAUCAAUGGGAAAUGCUGAAGCUACUGCUGAAGGUACAACUCUUUCAACUUGGGUUUUCCAAGAAUUUAAAAGUCCACCAAAGCAAAAAAUAAUUCCAAGUAUUUCGUUGUAUGGAGAUGAUGGAGCUGAAGCAUGGCAAAUUGGGCAAAUAAAAGCUGAUGCACAAAAUUGGGCAAGAAGAUUAGCUGAUUUACCAGCAAAUUUAAUGACACCAACAAUAUUUAGUCAACAAGUAUCAGAGGUGUUAACAAAUGUUGGUGUUAAAGUUAUUGUUCAUGAUAAAGCAUGGGCUGAAGCUAAAGGAAUGAAUUCAUUUUUAUCAGUAUCACGUGGUAGUAUUGAAGAGCCAAAAUUUGUUGAAGUACAUUAUAAUGGUGGUAAUAAAGGUGAUGCACCAAUUGUUAUUGUUGGUAAAGGUGUUACAUUUGAUGCUGGUGGUAUUAGUUUAAAACCAGCAAGUGGUAUGGAUGAAAUGCGUUCUGAUAUGGGUGGUGCUGCAUGUGUUGUUGCAUCAAUAAAAGCACUUGCACAAUUAAAUAUUAAAUUAAAUAUCAUUGGUCUUAUUCCAUUGACUGAAAAUUUACCAUCUGGUUCAGCAACAAAACCAGGUGAUCUUGUUACAGCAAUGAAUGGCAAAACAAUUAUUGUUGAUAAUACUGAUGCUGAAGGUAGACUUAUACUCGCUGAUGGUUUAUGUUAUGCUGCUGAAUUUAAACCAAAGUUUACAAUGGACAUUGCAACAUUAACUGGUGCUAUUAGAAUUGCACUUGAUAAUGCAGCAACUGGUGUAUUUACAACAAGCUCAGAACUUUAUGAAAAAUUAAGAUCAUCUGGUGAAGUUACUGGUGAUAGAGUUUGGAGAAUGCCAUUGUGGCAACAUUACAACAGUAAAAUGACAAAACCAUGUAAAGCAGCUGAUGUCAAUAAUUUGAGUAAAACAAAAGGUGGUGGUUCAUGUUCUGCUGCUGGUUUUCUCCGUGAAUUUGCAAGCACAGAUGUACCAUGGAUGCAUUUAGAUAUUGCUGGUGUUGCUGGACCAUGUGCUGAAAAUAUAAGUUAUCUUCAACCUGGUAUGACUGGACGACCAACACGUACACUCAUUGAAUUCUUCCAGAAAUUUGCAUCUUAAGACUCUCGUACAGUCCCAUCAAUGAUGCACAUGCAUUUAUAAAUUUAUUGUGCAUUUAAAAAACUAAAAAAUAAAAAUAUUCAUUAACUCAAUAAUUAACAUUAAAAAAUUUAAAAAAUCAAAUUUUUUAAAUAAUAAUAAAUUAACAAUUAAGCAUACAAUUGUUAUAUUUAACAAAAAAAAAAAAAAACUUUUGCACAAUUUUUAAAAAUUUUUUUAAAAAAAAUUUCAACUAACUUUUUUUUUCUUUUUUUUUUUUAAGUGAGAGCUUUUCUUAUCCGUGUACAGCAAUUCGAUACUUGAUAAAAAAAAAUUUUUUUAAACUAAAAAAAAACUACGUAUUGUUGUAUAUAAAAUAAAUUUUAUAAAUUUAGUCGAAAAAAAAAGAAAAAAAAAAAUUGACAAACAACAUUGAAAUGAGAAAAAAAAAAUAUGUAAUUUACCAAAAGAUAAAAAUUGAAAUUUUAUUAUAAUAAUAAAUAAGUAAAAAAAAAAAAUCAUGUAUGGGAUUAAUGGACAAGGAAAAUAGCCUUAAUAAAAAAUCCAAGCCAUUUAUAAAAUAAAUGAUAAAAAAAAAAUGAUAAAAUAAUAAAUGUAAUAAAAUAAUAAAUAAAAAUUACAUUUAAAAAGGA